AUGGCGGACCACUCAACCAUCCCGUCACCGAGCCCUCUCUCCCUCCUUCACACGCUGCACCACCCUGGCAGCGGCUCUACGCGCUCAUGGCAAUCCGUCUCGCACCCGGACCCCUCCACCCCGCUACUGGCUACCGCCUCUGCCGAUAAAAGCGUAAACAUCUACUCACUGAGAGAUUUCUCCGUCGUUUCGACAAUAUCUGGCGGGCACAAGCGCAGCGUGCGGACGGUGGCGUGGAAGGAUUUCGGCCGCCCCAAAAAGAAUGGCAGAAGGAAGCCCGUCGUGCUGGGGACGGGCAGCUUCGACGCCAAUGUCGGCAUAUGGGUGUGGAAUGACGAGCGGCGGCCGGCACAACUGGGAUCCGAAGUUGAGGGUGCUGAAAUUGGGAACUCCCAUGCCCCAACGUCCGAGGAUGCCAUUGAGACGGACAUGAACGACGAUACAGAAGAAUGGCACUUCAGCACCCUCCUUACAGGUCCGGACAGCGAAAUCAAAUCCAUUGAUUUCAGCCCGCCACACUACCCUGCGAAUAUUCUGGCCACUAGUUCGCGAGACAAGAGCGUAUGGAUCUGGGAGGAGGUGGAGCCCGAAGAGUGGGAGACCAUUGCCGUGUUGAGCGAGCAUACAGGCGACGUCAAAUGUGUAGGGUGGUGCACGGGAGCGAAGAGGAGGAAGGUCCUGAAACGGAGGAGCGGCGUCGCGGGAGAACAGGGAGAUGGGGAUCUGGAGAUGAGCAAUGGGUCUGAAGCGCAAGUGAAUGGUCUGUCUUCAGCGACGCAACACGGGAGUGCAGGCGAUGAGGAUGAAGAAGACGAGAUCGUGGGUGCUCGGCCCAUCCUCGCGUCUGGGUCCUACGACGACACGAUCCGUCUAUGGCGCGACGUGGAAGAAGAAGGCGAUUGGCUCUGCGUGGCUGUGAUAGCUUCACACACAGGCACGGUCUGGGAUCUGAAGUGGGAGGGCCACAUAAACUACUCGGUACUCGACAUUCCUCGCGACGCAACAGCCGAAGAGGAGCAUGCCGCGAUCCGGGCUUUCGAGGACGAUUGGCAGCCGCGUAUCGUUUCCUGCUCCGACGACUUGACCGUCCGCGUAUGGCGGAGAGAACUGAGUGCAGCUGAGAAAGAGAAACGAAGGCAACAGAGGCAAACAGGUGCACCUACCACCGGUGCUGCGCCCAUGGGAUUUGCGUCGAGCAGGAUACCCUCGGUGAUACGGCCCAUGAGCGCGAUGGAAAACUGGGUCGAGGACGCGAUUCUCCCGCAGGCUCACGUGCGAAGCGCUUACGCGGUAGAUUGGUCGAGACGCACAGGCCUGGUAGUCAGUUGUGGCGGUGAUGGGACGAUUGUCGUAUACAGAGAGGUUGCGGCGCCCGCGCAGGAAGGAGGGGAUGUCGAUAUGAACGGCACGGCUGCUGAAGCGUCCUCGGAAGCUCUAUCUCCCGAGACUCACCCGGCCGAAGAAAGCGAGCCUUACCAACUUCGAAAGUCGACAUGGGAAAUCGUCGCGCUGAUGGAAGUAGCGCACGAUGAAUACGAAAUCAACCACGUCUGCUGGGCGGAGAGGAGAGACAAAGAUCGACGCUUUGAUGGCGAGGAGAUUAUUGUGUCCACAGGCGACGAAGGCGCCGUCAGGAUAUGGGCUUUGCCCGAGGAUUUGGUGAGGGAUGGACAAUGA